AUUUUUCUGUGUCAGUGUCAGCGCCGUGACUCUUGGAGGUGUGGAGGUGACAGAAUCAUCGGAAUUGGAGAAAAAAAUCAUUCGACAUAGACGAAGAAUCGUACAGGUCUAUAUCAUUUCAUAAACAUAAAUAUAAACGGUGUAAUCAUGCAUAUCUUGGCCAAUUAUCUCUGACAAUCUGAAGGGAAGAAAAAAAUAUAUAUAUAAUUAUUAUUAAUUAAGAACAAAAAAACACCUAUCAAAGGAAUCACAGAAAAAAAGAUAGAAAUAUGUUAAAUCUGUUGCUGAGUUGGCCGAUGGGCGUCUCUGUGGCGGUGAUAGCAGGGUGGCUGUCGUGGUGGUUCCUCCUGCGACCCACGCCCAUCCCGCCCGCCGCCGCCCACCCCUACGCCCGGCCCUCCGUUUUCUAUCCACUCAAGGUCCUCGUUUUCUAUUGCCUGGUGAAGUUCAGGAAGCGGACGGCCGGUUCUCCUGGCGAUGCGGGUUACGGCGCUAAGUCCCAUGACCGGGUCGACCUCAUGGAGCGACCCCAGCCUCUCGCUCCCGCUCCUAAGGCCAUCGACGCCGUCUUCUUCUCCGGCCACGCCAGCGACGGCUGGGGCGUCAUCCUCGCCAUGGAGCGCCGCCCCUCGAGGCUCACCUCCACCCUCGUCUACCUGAGGGUGCCCGGGGUCGGCUCCUGGUGGCGCCCGCCCACCCGGACACCAUCGCCUUCCGGGGGGCGGAGGACGAGCAGCGCUUCGAGGCGGGGGGCGUCGCCAUCGAGGCCGAGACGCCCAUUAUCAUCAAUUGUGCAACAGUAUGAGAAAAGCAAUAAUAUCUCGGACCAGCUAGGGACAACAGAACAGCGCUACGACCAGCCCGAAGGAGAGCUUUUCGACGUGAAACUGGAUCUGCUGUGGUCGUCCGAUUUGCCUCACUUCGACUACGACUCCGACAUGGACGUCCUGACGACCGCCAAGGCCUUCGCGCUGGAGACCUGGACCAAGGAGUACUUCGAGAGCCUGAAGGAGCACCACCAGACCACUACGAGCAGAUGGGGCGACUCAACGGCACGGCCCACGCCUAACGGGAGCGACACACGACCUCUCCCCCCCUCCUUCAGGGGAAACUCCGUGAAGUGGCGUCUGAUGCACCGAUACGUCUUCCACCACAUCUUUCUCGACGACGGUUCCAUGGGCGUCGUGGGCGUGGUCUGCCAGCCUUCCACGUGCUCCAGGUUGGUGCUGGGUCACUGGUGGACGCGAGUGGGGGAGGGCGCCCCCGUGACCUGCGUUGACCUCCAGCUGCACGAGCACGGCGAGGGGGGCACGCCGCCUAAGGACUAUGCGUUCACCUUCACUGCAGGCGGCGUGGAUCGCGUCGUUGAGGUCCUCGUGGAAGAGUCUCCGGAGCACUUCCUGGGCUGGGACUGGAGGCGCGCAUGGUGGAGACAUGGGUCAAGUACCGCGUGAACGGCUCGCCAGGAAAGGGGAUUUGUGAAUGGAACUACCAGCACCUCGGCGGGAGACCCAAGGCCCUCAAUGACGGAGACCCCGAGUGGACGAGGCCCUAUCGCGCCAAGUAUCUCGCCGCUUAACGGGAGGGCCGAGCGACGCCGUUUCCCUUCGUCGUUGGAGUGAUUGCCUGUUGCAUGCCUUCCGUUGACAGCUGUUUAUG